AUGUCCAGCACUGUAUCCACGACCUCUGCCGCCGACAAAGCUGACACCCCUCUCGAGCUGUCCAGGAGUUCCAGCACCACUCACGAUAGCCGCACCUCCACUGCGGUACGCAAGGUCGUUGGGAACAAAGGAGCGCUUGCCGAGAUGGUUGGGGUUGGUGCCCGUCGAGCGUUCGUGCGAGGUCAUGCGCUCGCUGCGGAGCUUGUUGCGGAGAUUGAGAGUAUACAUGAGCGAGAUGGCGUAGAGCUUGGGCAAGACCAUGUUGAACGCAAUGUGUCUGUUCCCAAACUGUCAGCAAACGACUCUGGUGUUGAGGAGGAGCGGGUUGGCAUUCCGAGGCCGCUGUGGGAAAGGCUUGGUACGUACGACGAGAAUAGAUCCGACGAAAGAAACAAUCAUGCCGAGAACCAUGAGAGCAGAAGCCCACCAUCGUUUUGUGAGCAUCCAGUACCGAUAAGCAAAGAAGCCUUGGACAAAAGUCGCGAUGACGCCGGUCUGUUUGAGGAGAAGGAGAAGGCGUUAUGA